UAGAUUGGUAUCUUUGCACAUCCAAUUUUCAAAGGUGGGUGGCCCAAAGCGGUAAAAGAAAGAAUGGAAAAAAGAAGAUUAAUGGAAAACUCGGCGAUCUCUCAACUUCCCAAAUUGACUGAAGAAGAAAUUGAAUUUAUCAAUGGAACAUUCGAUUUUCUAGGAGUUAACCACUAUGUUACUCAGUACGCUGAAGAUGAUUCAGAAAAUAAUGUUGGAAAGAAACGCAAUGAAAUCAAUGCCGGCGUUCUCGUCACGGUCGAUCCACCAUGGAAUAAAAAUUCAUUGGGCAGCACAGUUGCAAUGUGGGGUGCAAGAAACGUGUUCAAAUGGCUGAAGGAAACAUACAAUAAUCCUGAAAUUUUCAUAUGCGAAUAUGGUUAUUCUGAUAAUGGAACAACUUUAGAAGACAAUGAGAGAAUUAGAUUUUCUAGGAUGUAUUUGAGUGCAUUCCAUGAUGCUAUCUACAAGGAUGAAGUCAGAAUUUUUGGUGCAAUGACUUGGAGUCUGCUUGACAACUUUGAAUGGACAUCUGGAUACAGCUCACACUUUGGCCUUUUUUACAUCGAUCAAAAUGAUCCUAACAAAACGAGGAUUCCGAAGAAGUCAGCACAGUUUUUCAAGAAGUUAGCAGUCACCGGUCGUAUACCAGAGGAUUUGCACACAUAAAUGGAUUGCAGAGAAAAUUUUACCAUUCUAUUUGUAAAUUAUUUCGAAUAAACUGAUCAUGUUCAAGUUCUA